AUGUCAGAAAUUGUAUACAAUUAUAUGAAAAUACAAAACAGACCUUAUAGUGUUAAUGAAAUAGUUUCAAAUUUGCAUAAUGAGUAUGGUAAAACAGCUGUACAGAAAGCUGUAGAGAAUUUAUUAAGCCAAGGAAAGAUAUUUGAAAAAGUCUAUGGAAAACAAAAAGUUUAUUGUCCAGUUCAAGAUACAACUCAUGAUGUGGAAGAAUUGAUGAGAAUAGAUAAAGAAUUACAGGCACAUGCCAAUGAAGUUGAAAGCAAAUAUCAAGAAUUAGAAAAAGAGAUUAAGAUACAAGAAGCAUUGUUGACUUCUAUGAAGUCCAGUAUUACAAUUGAAGAAGCAAAGAAACAAAAAGCUAUUCUUCAAGGGAGUAUUGCAGUCAUGAACAAUAAAUUAGAUACAUUAAUGGAGGCUAGUGGUACAGAAGACUUAACUGAAACCAAGAGGAAUGCAGAACAAGCAUUAAAUGAGUUUUCACGUGAAUAUGUGAAACGAAAACGUUUGUGUACAGAAAUUUUAGAUUGUAUCUUAGAUAAUUAUCCUGGUAGUAAAACUGAGUUGUAUGAGGAAAUAGGAAUAGAACCAAAAGUUGUUCAGUAG